UCGCUCUACAGCUGCACUCAGCUUCUCUUCUCAUUCAUAGAUCCAAUCUUUACGGAUUUGAAAGAUAUCGAAUUGAAGACCAGCUCGAGUGAUAUCCUGGUUUUCCGAGCUCCCUGUUUCAUUAUUUCGUUUUCUUUUUUCUUUCUUGAUUACCUUUUUUCUGUUUCUAUUUGUAGAUUCUUCAUAAGAGAGAAAUGGAGCCAGCGAAAAUUGACUGGAAGAAAGUCGACUCUAGAUUUGUUGAGGACGAACUCUAUGAGCACAUUAACGCCCCUAAAUGGAUCGAUUUCACUGCUCCUGAAGAUUAUGUGGACGAUGAAGCCUGGUUCUGUAAAUCAGAUUGUCGGCACCCAAAGACUGCUGAAGAUUUUCUUAGAUCGAUGCCUUCUUCAAAGUCUAAGCAUUUGAGAUCAGUUAGCGUUUCUGAAAUCCUUCCCUUGGGCGAUUGGAAUCGGAGAGAUACAAACCUGAAAAGAAGAGGUCUUAUCUCAUCUUCAAAUUCAUCAAUGACCGAUUCAAAAUCAGACAUAACUACGGAAUCUAAACCUCCGAACAAGUUCACCCCAGACAGCGAGAACAAGAACCCGAACUUCUCUACUCCUCAGAAUAAUAAGAGCAAGGUCAUGAAAGCAGCGAUCAAGUCAAGCACGGAGAAAAAGAAACUAUUGGAUGAAUCUCCUUCUGCAGAUUUUACACAGAAUAAUCGAAGGCCCCAGCUGAAAAGCACUCUAUCAGCUCGUAAUCUCUUUGGUGGUCGAGAUAUCUUGAGUCAGAUAUCUGAGUUCUGCAACGAAUUGAAGAAAUUGGCGACAAGAGCAAAGGAGAGAGAGAAUUCAGAGGCACCGAAGGUGGAGAAGGAGUCUCCUAAGAAACUCUCUGGCGAGAUUUCUGGAGAGAGGAGUGAGAGAGAGAAAGAGAAGAAACCUUUGCUACAGGUGGGAGAAGGGAGUUCUGAAGCUAAGGAGCAGGAGCAGAAGCAGAGAAGGAAGAAAAGAAACGAGGAGACAGAGAACAUACCAAAUACUGUGGAUUUGAAGAACAUUAAGUCCGGAGAUGAGAGAUUAUUGUUGCAAGUUCGAACCUGUCCUCCUUCUCCUCAAUGCUUCAGUUCCCCUCGUCAGCCAUUGGGUUCCAACAAAAACACCACCACCACUACCCCACUCAAGCCUUCAAGGACAAAACCUACUACUCAGGGCAGAGGUAUUCUUCAAGAAUUGAAGCAGAGCAAUACUACGCCAAUGAAGGAAGGAGAGCCUGGAGAAAAAGGAAAUGCCGGUGCAAACAAAGGUGUUUCCACUGUGCCGGCCGCUGGUGCAGAAGUGAAAUCCUUGGACAUGUUCUGGUUCUUGAAACCUUGCACAUUCCUUAAUUCAGUCAAUUAGUUCCGUAAAUCAUAAUACUCUUACAACCUCUCAUUCUUUCUGAAAUCCCAUUGUUCUUAAAAAUUCUUUGUAGUUGAACAUUUCCUUAUUCACAUAUUUAUUUAUUUGUUG